UGGAGUCUUAUCAUGGAAACACUGAAACACCCUGAGGGUCACCAGUGCUCCAUAUUGUCUGUGAGCUCUGCAUUUGAAGGUGUCAGAGUUUAAUGUACCACAUUAGGACUAAAUCUCAGAAGUUCAUUAAUUUCUGUGAAUGACAUUAUUCCUAAAGUUAAAAUUUAUAUAAAGUUUGAACGCAGUCUACUGAAAGAUCAACGGCCUCGUCCUGCAUCAGAAACCAAAGAACAAUGAGAAUAAACAGUGAAUCUGUCGGAACAACCGUGAUUGUUAAAACGAUAAAAAUACAGAUAUUCACUGGAAAUAAUCAAACUUCCUGCAGUUAAUAGUGAUUAAAGGGUGUUAUUAGUUCAUUAAAAAUAAAAUAUCUAUAAAAUCUUCUGAGGGUUUUAUGAUGAAGGGGUCCCUGAGGGACGAAGGUUUGGGGUUGUAGAUAAACCAGGACUCUGUCCUUUAAAUGAGGCUCAGCUCAUUCAGGCUGAAAUAAUCAUUAAGAUAAUUAGUUUCUGUGUUCAGUGAUCAUCAUAAUCCUGCAGUGAAUAAAAUCUGUAUCAAUAACUUCAGGCGUGAUCAUUUAAUCUGACACUACACUGUAUCAUAGCAAGUAUAAUAUAUACGCUAACAGAUCGUACUUAUCAGAAAUCUAUCAACACUUUUAUUAUAAAUCUAAAGCAAACUAUAGACCGAUCUCUAACCUCCCCUUCCUCUCUAAGAUUCUGGAGAAAGUAGUCGCCAAAGAGUUGUGUGACUUUCUACAUAACAAUAGUUUAUUUGAGGAUUUUCAGUCAGGAUUUAGAGUUCAUCAUAGCACAGAGACAGCUCUGGUUAAAGUUAAUAAUGACCUUCUGACUGCUUCUGACAAUGGACUUGUCUCUGUACUUGUAUUAUUAGAUCUUAGUGCUGCAUUUGACGCUGUCUCCAAGGUCUUGCUCAUGGUGGUACUGUUGGGUCUCUGUAAAUAAUGUUAUAAGGAGUUCGCUCUAGACCUGCUCUAUUUGAAGUGUCCUGAGAUAACUUCUGUUAUGAAUUGGCGCUAUACAAAUAAAAUUCAAUUGAAUUGAAGGUUCCUAUUGGCUGGAAUGAGCAUUUUCAUUCUUUCUGUGUGUCUGUCUUCCUACAGAUAAGAUUUCACUCUGCCACCAUCUGCUGGUGAAAAAACAACAUUGCAGCACUUCUGUUAAUAUUUCCUCCUGUGAGAGAGAGAAGUUAAAAAUAAAGUAGAUUCAGACGUUGUUGAACAGAGCUUAGACGACAUUACAGGGUGUGAGAUAUCUGCUGAAAACACACAUUUGGAGUGUAUAAAGUGGAAAGGUGAAGAUAAGUUGGUGAGUCCUGUUAUUGAAAAAUAACUUUCACAUCAAAUGGCUGAAAAGAUUGCUGUCGACCAAAGUUUCCUGAACUGCCAUGUGUGUUCAGAGACUUUCAGAGAUCCUGUGUCUCUGACCUGCAACCACAGCUUCUGUUCAAGCUGCCUGCAAAAGUUCUGGGAACAAGCUAAAAACAAAAACUGUCCCAUUUGUAAAAGAAGAUACUCAAAGGAUCAUCCACCUGUGAACUUUGCACUGAAGGAUCUGGCUGACUUGUUUGCUGGGAGACAGAAAUCUGGAUCCUCUGAGACAGAGAAAGGAGAGAAGAGGGUGGAGGUGGUGUGUAGUAAACAUCAAGAAGAGCCUAAAUUGUUCUGUAAGGAUGAAGACAGAGCUGUGUGUCCUGUCUGUGAGUUUUCUCAUCACCACGGUCACAAGGUGGUUCCUGUAGAACAAGCAGUCAGAGACCUGAAGGACCAGAUGAAAUCUGACUUAAAGUCUCUGCAGGACAAGAGGAACAAAUGCAAACACGCGGAGAAAACCUACAAUGACGUGAUUCAACACUCCAAGAAGCAGCUGCUGUCCACAGAGAGGCAGAUCAGAGCAGAGUUUAACAAGCUCCACCAGUUCCUGAAAGAGGAAGAGGAGUCCAGACUGGCAGCUCUGAGGGAGGAAGAGGAGCAGAAGGGGAGGACUAUCAGCAGAGAGAUGAGGAGGAUUCAGGAGCAGAUCUCCUCUCUGUCAGACAGUAUCUCUGCUGUUGAAGAAGACCUGCAGAAACACGAGGGGCCGUUCCUCAGCAGUUAUAAACCCACUCAGACCAGAGCCAGAGUCCAGUGCUCACUGUCAGAUCCACAGCUGCUCUCAGGAGUGCUGAUAGAUGAGGCCAAACACCUGGGCAACCUGGCCUUCAGAGUCUGGGAGAAGAUGAAGGACAAGGUCCACUUCAGUCCUGUCAUUCUGGACCCAAACACUGCAGCCCCCUGGGUCUAUCUGUCUGAUGAUCUGACCAGUGUGAGACAUGGAGACAGAAAGAAGCUUCCUGAUAAUCCAGAGAGAACCACUUCUAGUGCAGAUCUUCAUGGUUCUGAGGGCUUCAGCUCAGGGAAACACAGCUGGGAGGUGGAGGUGGGAGAUUAUCCUCGGUGGGUUAUAGGUUUGGUUAAAGAGUCAGUUGACAGGAAAGGGGAGAUAUUUGCCUCACCAAAAUAUGGAAUCUGGUGUUUAAAGCAUCGUGAUGGAGAAUACACUAAUGGAGGUAGUCAGACUGUCUCAGUGAAUAUGAGUCUCCAGAGGAUCAGAGUCCAGCUGGACUACGACAGGGGGGAGGUGUCCUUCUACGACCCUGAAGACAUGACUCACAUCUACACUCACAGAGACACUUUCACUGAGAAAAUCUUCCCAUAUUUCAGCAUUGGAAAGUCUGCUGGUGGUAAAACUGCUGAUAUCAAACUGUGUCCAACUGAUAUUUCUCUGAUGUUCAGGAAUGAAAGUUAAUCGUUAACUUUGACCUUUUUUAUCAGGAUGGUUUGAGGUUCAUUAGACUCUAAACUCAUCAUCACACUUCAGACCCAAAGCAGCAUUCUGGAUCUGCUCGUCUUUGAGAGCAGAUUUGAUUUGAUGUUGAGGGUCACAGAAAUGUUUCUGUGCUCUGAAAGAAAUCAUCCAAAAUGGUUUUCAUGCAGGAAACUGCAAACAUUUACAGCCAGUUGUUGUCAGUUCAAAAGUUCAUCGUCAGUUUGAAAGACAAUUCAAAGUUUCCUCCGACCUCAGUGUCUGUCUCCGUCACAUUAGAAACAUAAAGUUGGAAGUAGAUUAAUAAUAAAUACUGAGACUCUAUAAUAUCAUCUGGUCUUUGACGGGAGAGGAUUAGGGCCACAUGGGAAACCUUCCUUUCACUGCUGAGUUUAAAGUCAGAAUUGGGAACUUUUAAUAUUCUGUUUUCAUUCAUUUGAACAAAAUAUGAGUGGAUGUUGUUUUGUAAGUAAUCUGAUUACACUGAUGUUUCUUUCUUGGCUUUAAAAAAUAGAUUGAGUGAGUAAGUUGUGCCACAAUUUAAUAUAAAGUCUAAUCCAAAAGUCAUCCGGAGACAAACUUUACUAAUUAAAGCCGUUAAUGAUCCUGCUUUUAGAGUCAAACAUUGUAUAGCUGUAUAUAUCCACUGUACCCAGUGCUUUCAUUGGUUCAGUUUUUAAAACAAUCAGUCUUCAGUUGAAGUGUUUGAUUCUUCUGAUGAGUUAUUUCUCUCUGUAAAACUGUUUGAAUGGAGUUUGGUUUUGCUUCAGUCUUUAAUUCUUACAUUGCUUCUUCAUAUGAGAUAGAAAUGAUUCACACAAUGUGGAUUAAUGUGUGUCGUCUUCAUAAAAAGAUAAAUAUGUUCUAUAGUGUAUAUAUGGUCAAUAACAUGAAUGAUCAGUGGAAAUGUCCAGUUGGUGAUGGACAUAAAGCAAACUAUUUAGUGGAAUCGGAUGUUUUCUGAAUCAACUGUAGCUUUAUAAAAUGUGCAUCAGAUGGAUGAUGAUUCACAUGUGUCAUUAAAUCAAAAGCAGCUUUUAUUCUGAA